CUGCCAGUGGAAUCACUCUGGUACAUCGCGUCUAUCCCAAGCUGUGCAGUAGAGCCAUACGGCAUUUCCUGCACACGCUAGCACUCGCGUUUAGGCGGAUAGAGAGAGGGGGAGGAGAGAGUGAGCAGAAGGGAGUGCGAGAGAGAGAGAGAGUUAAGCGCAGGGAGCGAGUGAGGUCUUGUGUCUCCCUUGCCGAUAGUAAAUCUAUCUGAUAGCCUACUGAACGCACAUUGGGGUAUGAGAAAAGGAUUGGGGAAACAAUAGAGUGCACGGACCCUUUCAUUCUGUGUUCUAACCAAGAAAAGGCAGCCAGAUUGUGGCUUGGAGAAGGAUUAAGUGUGUUCUGAGAUCAGUAUAAAACGGAUGUGUGCUCCAGUGGCGAGCGAGGACUGAAGUUGGAUUCUGAAACGAUAGGAGGAAAAAACGUUUUUAUUUGUUUCAGCAACAAACAAAACAAGGUGAAGGUGCGACCUCUGUGCCGCCGGUCGCGUUUGAGCACCAUGAUUCUGCCUUGUUGGAUGGCGUUGGCAUUGCUCCCGUCGCUACUGGGGGAGACUGCACUGGGCCAAAGAUGGACUCCCUCCCUAGAGAAGAGGAGACCGGUGGACAUGGAGGGGUCGAGCAACGAUGAAUUUAUUGACGAUGAGGAUCUCUUCUCCGGCUCUGGCUCUGGCUUGGUUCCAGAGAUGGAGGUGAGGCCUACAGCUAUGGGCGUUACCUUCACUACAGAAGAGCCUCUCCCUCUGUCCACGACCCAGGCCACCUCCCCGGCCCCCUCCGCCCCGCCCGCCGCCGAGCCCAGCAACACCCCCGUCUGGAGCCCGACUGGGGAGGGCGAGGGGCCGUGGGAGACUGAGAAAGAGAGAGAGGCUGAGAGAGAAAGGGAAAAAGAGGUAGAAGGAGAGAGGGAACAGGAGAAGGAGAGAGAACGAGAACGGGAGAGAGAGAGGGAGAGGGAACGAGAGAGGGAGAGGGAAAAAGAAAGGGAGAGGGAGAGGGAAAAAGAGAGGGAGAGGGAAAGAGAGAGAGAGAGGGACCGGGAAAGAGAACGAGAGAGGGAGAGGGAAAGAGAACGAGAGAGGGAGCGGGAACGAGAGAGAGACAGGACCAGAGUUCUACUGGCCACAGACUCUCCGAGAUCCCCUGCUGCAGUCCCCAUGGCCACCACCAGCUCUGCCACUACUCCAGCGCAGAGCUCAGUGCCCCCUAGCAGUGUGGAGGACUUCAGCACCGCCAUAGAGGAAGAAGAGGAGGAGGCGGAUGUGUUCAUCCCCGUGGGCCCGACAGAGCCCGUCCCCACCAGCCGAAUUGAGUCCACCACACAGAUCACCACUUCCACCACACCUGUCCCAACAACCACCCUCACCACCACCACCAGUACCCUAGUGCCCUCUACUACAGCCCCACCCACUACCCCGACAGCUGCCCCCACCACUGCGAAACCCAGGACCAGGGCUCCCAGUGCCGACUCGCUGUGGCCACGGGCCCCGAAGACCACGCCCAGCCAGGCCACACCCACGGAGGCCAGCACGCGUCUUCAGACCCCCUCCACAGUGCAGCCUCGUGCUCCGGAGGAGGGGCUCAAUAAUGAGGUGGCCGGCGCUGGUCCCAGCGGAGACUUUGAAAUCCGGGAGGAGGACACUCGCUCGCCCAAUGAGGUGGUGCGAGGGGCCAAGGUCGCGGUCGAGACGGGGGCGGAGCCAGACCUGAUUGGCAACACGGUGGAUACAGGGAGUUCUGCUGCGCAGCUGCCUCAGAAGAACAUCCUGGAGAGGAAGGAGGUGCUGAUAGCGGUGAUAGUAGGGGGCGUGGUGGGUGCCCUCUUUGCGGCGUUCCUGGUCAUGCUCCUGGUUUACCGCAUGAAGAAGAAGGACGAGGGGAGCUACACCCUGGAGGAACCCAAGCAGGCCACCGUCACCUACCAGAAACCAGACAAGCAGGAGGAGUUCUAUGCAUAACGCUGACAGCCCGAAACCCCCGCCCCCCACCCUCCCGACCCUCCACCUCCGCUCUCCUGAUCUCCUCUUCUCCUCUUCGCUUCUCUUGUCUCAUCUUCUGAGUUUCUGUCCUCUUUUUGCCCCUCCCCCCCCACCCCCGAGAGUGCCUACAGUAUCUCUCCAUGGACUCUGAGGUUUCGUUUCAACUAAAAAGGAGACACAGGAAGAAAAUGUAAAGCAAGAAAGAAAAAAGAAGUCAAUUCAAACACGUACACAAAAAGUUUCUUUUUUUAGAUAAUUGUUAUUAAUAUUAUAGUAGUUAUUGUUAUAUGAUAUAAUGAAAUGAUUAUUUUGUAAAAAUAAGAUAUACACAAAAACAACACUAGCUCUUUAAUUCUGGUCCCAGCACAGUGCUGCUGUUUUACUUCAUGGAACUGGUGAUGUUCCCGAGAGGGGGGGGGGGGUGAUGCAAGCAAGGCA